AGAGGGUGAGAGAGAAAGGUCCCAUAUGUGGAAAAAGCAGCACACAGAGCGGUCAGCUUGCACUGGGGAUUAUCGUAUUGCUUCCUGAUCUGAUAUUGCAAAUGCCGGCCUGAGCAGUUCCAGGGCUGGGUGCUGUGCAGUCUCAGGGCAAGCGCUGGUCAGCCAUGAAACCCUGGCGGACAGACGCUAACCUGGGAUUCGCUGCCGGAAAACUGCCGUCUUAACAGAAACCAGAUCCACAGAAUGCUGAGUCCUAUUGUCCCCUAUAGCUUGUUGAAGAUGCACUGGACCCCAGAGCAUGCCCAGCCCCUCAGCCAGUGGCCCGAACAGCACCUGGACGUCUCCUCCACCACUCCCUCCCCGGCCCACAAGUCCGAGCUGUACCCGAACGGGCGUCGCAGCUACAGCUACGCUUGGGCCAAUGAUGACAUCUCCGCACUGACUGCCUCCAACCUCCUGAAGCGCUAUGCAGAAAAGUACUCCGGUGUACUGGACUCACCUUAUGACCGCCCCCCAGUGGGAACCUAUCCCGAGUCCGGGGCCUUUGGGAACCUAAGUGGGCAGAAGAGCGAACUUGAGCCAUGGUGUGUGACACACAGUGCUGAGGCCUACUCUGGAGCAGAGGGCCUGACUGGAGCCAAGACCAUGAGCACUGCAGGCCUGAAUGGUGCAGGCAGUGGUUCAGCAGUGAACAGUAACCUCUCAGAGCCAGGUUACAGUGGUGGCAGUUCCUGUGGGGGUCCCCCUGCCUACAAUGGUACCUACCUCUCCUCUGGGUACUGCCCCCAGCCUGGCACAGCACUUCCCCCAGCAUCCCUGCAUACUCUGCAGCCUUCGGCUGCCCUGGUGCCCAGUUACACCCCACCCGGUCCUGUCUACAACUACUCUCACCAGUCCGCCAUGACACCAGGCUAUACUCACCCACCUGCAUCCUACCUGCCCUCAGGACUGGCCGCACCCACCCCGUUGCCAUCACGUCCAACUGUAGUGGGGGGCAGCUAUGGCUACCAGAGUCAUAACCUGGGGGUUUCUGAAUCUGCAGGGCCACUGAAACGAAAAGCUUUUGAGAUGACAGUGGAGGAAGAUGAAGCUGACAGCUCACGCUACAGGAAGUACGGAUAUGACCACAAGUCAGGUGGCAACUCACCUUACAGCGUCAGUGACAAGGGUGAGUGUCGUGGCAAUGGCUUCAGCACAGCCAGCACAGACCCCCAGGCCUACAAGCCCAGCAAACCAUCCUCGCAGCCAAGCCUGGGGCAAGACGAGGUCGGCAAAUUCAGCGGACUGAAGCCCCUGGUGUCUCCGCCGUAUGGCGGGGCCGGGGAGUACAGCCCCACUGCAGGGAUGAACGGUGAGAAUGGGGGAGGAGAUCCCGGGUUUCCGCAGCACCGGCUAACCCUGAAGCUGGGCUCAGAGGAGCAGCUGAAAGGAGCAGACUCCAGGCUGCUAGAGCUGGUUACUGGGGAGCUGCAGGACAGCAGCCCCGCACUGCCCUGGGGGGAGCUGCUCGGCCAUGCCCACACUAAGGCCGCGCUGGAGGAAGACCUGCUGUGGCCCGUGCUGCGGCCCGGCAGCGCCACCCGGCCGCCCCGGACCAUCCUGCUGUUCGGCCCGAAAGGCGGAGGCAAAAGCACACUGGCCCGUUGUCUGGCCUCACAGCUAGGGGGUGCCUUCUUCCGGCUAAGUGGGGCUGCACUUUCCUCCAAGUGGAAGGCUGAGGCUGAGAAGGUCCUGCACACGCUCUUCCUGGUGGCAGGCGCACGGCAGCCCUGCGUGGUGCUCAUCCAUGAGCCGGAGGCGCUGGCGGAUGACGGGCUGCGCAGGCAGCUGCUCUCCUAUCUGGAGACAACGCAGCUGGGCAGCACCGGCCUGGUGGUGGUGGUCUGUGCCACUCGCAGGCCUGACCUCCUGGAUGAGAGUGUGCACCGCCUCUUCUCCAAGCGCUACUACGUGUCCCUUCCGGAUGUGGGGGUGCGCAGGCAGGUGCUGCUGCAGGCCCUGGCCCCCCAGGGCUGCUGUCUGAGUGAGCGCGAGCUGGCUACCCUGCUCCAACGCACCGAAGGCUUCUCCAUCCGUGAGCUUCUACAGCUCUGCCAGCAAGCGGCCUCCUCUGCCUCUCCCCCGCCGCCUCUCCAUGGGCUGCCGGCGCCCCUCGCACCCCCAGCAUUCAAGGACUUUGAGAAUGCCUUCUGCAAGGUGCGGCCCCACGCCACACCCAAAGAGCUGGACCUGUAUGUGGAGUGGGGUAAGACCCCCAGCCACUGAAGUGCGCAGUGGACUGCAGUCCACCAGAUCGUUCCCUUAGAGAAAUGUCCGUUGGGGAUCUUUCUUUGAACCAAGUACUUAUCUUGCAGCCAAAAAUAAGGGGAUGGAAAAAUAUUAGGAUUGGGGUGGAAGCAUAAGAUUUAAUAUUAUCUGAUUAAUAUAAGGAAAAUGGUUUUCAUUAUAUGUAUAUACAAGUUUUUCUCCAAAGAGCCAAAAAACAAACCUUUAUUGAAGAGCUGGGUUUUGGGGCUGAGGACAGUCUGAAUGAAUCGCUCUUCUCAGGAUUGUAUUUAUUGCUGCCGCAACACGGCAAUGUGUUGGGCUUUAGGGUUAACCAGUGGUUUACUGUUAAAAAGGCCAUAGAAUGUAAGGUAACCAGCCAUAAGAAUCAUAUCGCUUAAAACCAAAAAGAAAAAUAAAUAAUGUUAUUGCUUCCACUAUGGAAUUCUAGCACGGUCUCCCAAUUCUGUCCUCCUGUUCACUGGUCUGAAGGACUGUAAUUCGCUGACUGAUGCUAAUGUCAUCACUCUGGCUGGACUGGUCCAACUCAGUUGCUAAAAUUACAUGUGGCCCAAAAUCAGGAAGUGUCUCUACAUUGAAGCUGUGCUUGCUGAAAAAUGAACGGUUUUUCCAAUCCAGCUGUGCUUCCACUGCUGUCCUCCUUCAAAGAUUAAGUUAACUUCGUUAAUGGGAACCUGCAGUCAGUUUACAAACCAGUAUAGUCUUUUUUUUUUUUUUACUGACAAAGCUUCUUAAAACCUUAAAAAAGACUUGUAUUGUCUUUUGAGUAAAUGUUUUUUGUUUAGUUUAUUUUUGCUUUUAAAAAAUAUAUGUAGUUUUGUUUCAAAUACUCAGGAAGAAUUUUGUUACCUCUGAAUGAAAGAAUGUAUGUUACUGUAGGGUCUUAGUAGCGUGAUCUGUGGACAGUGAAAAGUGAGGUGUCACAAGCCAGCAUGCACACACUCUGCUUGCACCUUCACAGGGAACACUUGAAGUUGCUACCAAGAUUUAACAUUGAAUGUAAUUCAGGUAUUUUUUCAAGUGAUAUUUGAUGCCAUAAAUCAUUUUUUUUUUAUUAUUACACAUAAAUAUAUUUUUUCCAUGUCUCUCUUGUUUUGUUGUAGAUUUUGUUAAGGUGACAAUGGUCUUCAUUAAGUGUUCAGUAGACAAAAAGGGGCCGUUUUUGUUGGACAAACUGAAAAGUGCAGAAUGCCUGUUCAUGUGUAUGAAUGACAAAAGCACGUGGUGAGGGGUUAGGUCUGCAGUGAGACUUUUAUUAUUGUUGUAGUUGUUUUUUUUUACUUGAAUAUAAAGCUCCUUCAUCACAGCAUCAGUGUGAUCAAAAUAAAAAGCGCACUGAACCAAAUCCAGCACCACCUGAACUCUUAGGCGCUUCUGCAGAAUAGACCUGGGACACAUAACACCCCCCUAAUACCUGUAAAUUGUCCAUUUUCUUUACUCUCUUAUUGUCGUUUUCAUUCUGGACUGAUAGAAAGUAAUGAAAACAUUUUCCUUCUUUUUUUCCUUCCUGGCUUUAGUCCCACAUGAUGCAUCAGCACAUCUCCGUCUCCCUGGCAUCAUUCGUGCAGUUUCGCUUCGGUGAUUUCUUAUUUUAUUUUUGUUGUUGUUGUUGCUGUACAGGUGCUGGCCCCCCUUCCCCCAGCUUCCCACAGUCACAUUUGCACCUUGCUGUGCAGUGGAGCCAAGCCCCCCCUGACCACAACAGGCCUAAUGGAAUGGGGCUACUCUGAUUGAUGUCCAGUAACCUUAUAUUACCAUUCAGCCGCUGGAGUCCAGCUGGUGGCUUCAGUCAUGCCAUACAGCCAGGUCAAUCGGAACGACCCUGCUGCAUGUAUUGAUCCCUGCUUGGGGGAAGACAGGAAAUACAGACAGAGAAACAAGUACCUACACAGUUGUUCUAGAAGCAUGGCUGAACGAAUGAGGUUUGUUUGGACAUGAAGAAACAGCUCCAUUCUUUGUACCCAAAAUGCGCUUUUUGAAGAAAAAAAAAACUCAUUAUGCAAGCGGUUGUUACUGUUAGGUUCCACAUACUAUUUUUACAGCAAGUACAGAAUUUCUAAAAAUUAUCAAUGGAAGUUAACCUGAAACAGUCAGUGAAUCCAAAUGUUUGUAACAUCCAUUGUAACCAUCCAUCCAUUCAGCUUUCAAAUGCUUAUCCAGUGCAGGUUGGCAGCAACCCUGGAUCCUGAACCGUGAAUCACGGAGCACAAAGGCAGGAUGGGAUGCCAUUAGUAACCAUUCAUACAGGCUUAAAUAUAUUAAUGAUCGUUAAAUUUAAAAGCAGCUCGAGAUGUUCUAGGGGAACUACUGCUUAGCACACGUCACCUGAGAAAAAGCCAUUCAUCACAAAAUGUGACUUGCUCAUUUUGAUGGAUCUCAUUGCAGCUUCCGGGAUCCAGGUAUUUGACAUGUUGCCUGUAGGGUUCCUUGGCUAGACUGCGAAACAGCAUAAUGAUCCCGCAUGGGAUCCUAUCAGGCCGUGUAAAAUUCUGAAACUCUGUAAAUGCUUUUAAAUAUUAUAUUACAUUACAUGCACCUCCAUAUGACAUACAUCACCUCAUCUGUCAUGCAUUUCACGACACAUAUAUAUUAAACUGGUGGAAAAUGUCUGUCCAACAAAAGCGGUACUUAAUUGCUGUUUUUAAGUAACUCUGUUCUUGUUACUUGUACAUUCUUUGUAACCAUUUCUACCUCAUUUUGUGACAUUGUACAUGAAAGUAUUUAUUUCAUGUCACUUUUUUGAUGUCUAAUGAUAAUGUUCUUGAACUGUAAUGGUCUACCUCAGAAAGGACUAUUUUAAGAGAAAAGUAUCACUCAGUAUU